GUUUGAUCUCAGCGCAGAUGAUCGCAGAGCACAGCAUUUUGAAAAUGUCUUCAGGACCGUUUGGGUCUGGGUCAUUUUAAUUUUCUGCGCGCAGAUUCGACUCGGUGAGUCCGAGGAGGCAGUCCCGACAUACGGAGGAAGGGAGGAGGCAGCCGGAGAGAGGAAGGAAACGAGGAUAACGUCACGAAGACUCGCAGUAGAAAAAAACAAAAACGGGCUGAACCGUGUUUAAUGGACGGUCUUUGACGCGAGCCGGAGGAAUCGAGGCCCAAACCGUUCCGUUUUCUCCUCCUCCUCCACCUCCUCCUCCACAGCACACGGAGCAGGAUGUUUGUGCUGAGGAGCUGAAGAAGAGGAGCAGACCUCCACAUUUCAUCUUCCUCCCGGAGCUCCAGCAGCAGCAGAGAAAUGGAAAUGUGUGGAGCCUUCCUCCUCCUCCUCCUCCUCCGUUCGCCUGUUUUCUGAAACCCGGAUCGUGACACACGGAACUUUUUUCUCCGGAUCGGCCCUGAACUGCACCCGGGCUCCCUUCUUUAAUGCGUAAAGACGGGUUGAAAACGUGCACGGCGUUUUGGGGACGUGUCUGCGGGUCUGUGUGAGACGGAAGCGUCGGGAGAAUUAACAGGUGAUCAAUUGCUCAGACGAAUUUCAAAAUGAGUGAGCUGGAGCAGCUUCGCCAGGAGGCCGAGCAGCUCAGGAACCAGAUAAAAGAUGCCAGAAAAGCAUGCGGAGACUCAACACUGACGCAGAUUGCUGCUGGUUUGGAUCCCGUGGGGCGGAUUCAGAUGCGGACAAGACGCACCCUCCGAGGCCACCUCGCCAAGAUCUAUGCCAUGCACUGGGGCUCAGACUCCAGGCUUCUGGUUAGCGCCUCUCAAGAUGGGAAACUGAUCAUCUGGGACAGCCACACCACUAACAAGAUACACGCCAUUCCUCUGCGCUCCUCCUGGGUGAUGACCUGUGCGUACGCCCCCUCGGGGAACUACGUGGCCUGUGGAGGCUUGGACAACAUCUGCUCCAUCUACUGCUUGAAGACACGUGAAGGCAACGUCAGGGUCAGCAGGGAACUACCUGGACACACAGGUUACCUGUCAUGUUGCCGCUUCAUUGAUGACAAUCAAAUCAUCACAAGUUCAGGAGACACCACCUGUGCAUUGUGGGACAUCGAGACGAGUCAGCAGACCACAGUGUUCUCGGGCCACACCGGCGAUGUCAUGAGUCUGUCGCUGUCGCCCGACUUCCACACCUUCGUGUCGGGAGCCUGCGACGCUUCGGCCAAGCUGUGGGACAUUAGGGACAGCAUGUGCCGGCAGACCUUCACGGGACACGAGUCGGACAUCAACGCCAGCUGUUUCUUUCCCAACGGCAGCGCCUUUGCCACCGGCUCGGACGACGCCACCUGCCGGCUGUUCGACCUGCGCGCGGACCAGGAGCUGAACGUCUACUGCCACGACAACAUCAUCUGUGGCAUCACCUCCGUGGCUUUCUCGCGCUCGGGCCGCCUGCUGCUGGCUGGCUACGACGACUUCAACUGCAACAUCUGGGACGCCAUGAAGGGCGACAGAGCAGGAGUCCUGGCCGGCCAUGACAAUCGUGUGAGCUGUCUGGGUGUGACGGACGACGGCAUGGCGGCGUGCACCGGCUCCUGGGACAGCUUCCUCAAGAUCUGGAACUGAGCCCCACAGAACCGGGGGGGACACGCAGGCGGGCCUGGCACCGCGCCACACUCUGAGGACCCAGUUUGUCCCCCUGUAUUCACACUGUAUUUACGAUUUAACAGACAAAACUUCAAACAUUUAACUGUACAUACGAUAAAUGACUUGCAUCUGAGUUUACACACACGCACACACACACACACACACUCACACACACACACACUGCUUGGACAUGAAACUAAACUUUAAAUGUGCUCACACUACCCACUGCGGACACACACACACAUGCACGAUCUGUAAAAUAUCAAUUGUGACCAAAUACAGUUGAGUAUACAGCUUCUUUAAUUACAACAAAAACACGACCACUGUUACCUGAAGCCUUUUCACACACCUGACGUCCACAGAGACAUACGUCCUCCUGUCCUUCACUUAAACAGGAGUUUAAUCAGACAACUCCGUCUUUGUUUACAGUAAACUUCACGAAACGCACUUGGAAUUUUUUUUUUUUUAAAUCUCAGCACGGUAAGAAAUGACAUUAACACUUCACUGACAUGUGAGUCACAUCGCCCACUCACUCGUUUCAACAAAAACCUACAAGUUUUAUUUUUUGCCAAUUGUUUUUUUCUUUUUAACAGUUUUGUUCAUGUUUUCCCCGUGUGCCUCAGAUACACUGAUGAUUAGAGACAAAUGUAGUUAAUAGAAAUCAUGAGACGUCAGAGAGGCUAAAUGACACCUUAAUAAAUAAACAAACCACAUUUAAAAGGGCCAGAGUCAGUAUUCGUACUUUGACAUUGUCACAGUAUUAUCUGGAUUUUACUAUGGAUUAAUUGUACAUAAUAAAUAUUAGCCUCUACUGCCAGAUUUUGUGUGGUUUUUUUUAAAAACAUUUUUAAAAUACUGUGCUGAAUGUCUUUCUGUUCAUACAGUAAAAGGGGUUUAUGUUUUAGGACGUAGGAGUUACAGCCGU